CCAAAGCAUAUUUAAUAUCUGUUUCAAAAGGGGCAUUUGGUGAAAUUUGGGGGGAAAAUAAAAGAUACUCGAGGAAGAAGUAAUAAAGUAAAAAGGUCCAAUGGAGGAGACAACCAACGUAAUUAUAUCUCGUGCGUCCAGAAAGAUACAGUAUUGUGUCAUCGUCUAGAGAGAACUAGUCAUGAAUUGGUGAUAAAAGCAAGCCAAAAUUGACAUAUCGAAUGAAAGAAAGCACACCAAACAUGUGAGUGCCAAUGGUGAUAUAUCGCUACUUAUAUGGAUGAACACGUUCAGAUAUGGAGCGCUGCGGUUUUUCUCGGCUUCUCAUCUAUCAUUGCGCAAGCUCUCCUUGGUCUUGUAUAUUCAAGAAAAAAAAGCAGCAUGCGUGCUUGUCAGUGAAUGUCAUUUAUGCUCAUGCAUGAGACCACAUGGAACUAGGUCAUAUUGCUGUGGUAACCACGCUUAUAAUGAACAUGUUCAUCGAUAGAUCGCUUCUUCAAGAUACGACAACUUGUUUCUGCGUUUCAAUUUUCUUCUGUACAUACGUGGCUAUUUACAAGUGUAUUCAUGUUUCAUUCUUCACCGUCUACGGGUUCGGUAUAAUCAUAUGGGAUGGUGGGGUCGUCUUCUUCUUGCUGUUGUUCGAUUGGGUCUCCUGUAUCAGCGUGUCUGUCCACGUUAUUGAUGGCUGCGGCAGACCCGGUGGUCGUGUCUCUUGCUAAAGAGUCUCCAUUAGCGACCUCGGAGACUUCAGUCACAAUACCAUUCGUGUUCUAACAAAUGGUCAUUUGGGGAUAAGCUGUUUUCGUUCGUUGGUGUUCACUUCACGAUAACGCCUGUUUACCUCUGAUGUAGGAGAAGAGGGAGAUGAGUCGGACCAUGGCGAAGCGUUUAAUGGCCCGCGAAGAAUGGCGGUCAAAAUACGAGGUCGUUGACCUUGUAGAAAGCGAUCUCGAAUAGCGUAAAUACGUUCCAAAGAUUCGAAUGCAUCAUUGGUGUCGGCCAUGCUUCAUAUCCUUGUCUUUCCCUGAUCAACUCUGCAAGAUGAACGAACAAAUUGGGGGUUUUUUCUUACUCUGUUUCCCUUUUUGAACCCCAGCUCGGUAAUUUUUGGGUUGCACUGAAAAGCAGGAACUUGUGAUGUGUCAAAAUACUAAAUUGGCAGCAGGCAAAUCCUCAUUGACAGAUGACGUCCAACAUGUCAAAAUUAUGUAAUUUCUG